CAUAGCCGGGCAUUGCAUCUAAUAUGUCACCGUGCCUACGGUCGUACAGUGAGCUCUGAGGAAACAACUGAAAACUACACUGGAUCAGCGGGGAUCAGUGGUUCUUCAUAUCGGGCUGACUCAUCAGUCAUAGUGAUGGCAACCGCAGGUGGAGGACAUGGGGCGGACAUGAGGAGCCACGACGAAUCGGUCAAGAGGCUGGCCCUCAGUCCUCGUUGCCGGGACGAUCAAGCAGUCACGGUGGUCACGCACCGAUGCAGUCACGAGCUAUAUCGCUUGGCUUGACCCGUGGGCGAAUUAUUACAGUAAUAACACAUCUCAACAUAUCCAUGCCAUUGUGGCAUUGGCUGUGCG